AGCCGAGCCGAGCGGAGCCGAGUGUUUCCGAAAGCAGCCGAGCGCUGGAGGCUGGGCGAGCACACGCACUCUCCCCCGCUCACCGCGCAAAAACAACAGCUCCGCUUCUCUCCCUCUCUCUCUAUCUUUCUUUUUAACGUUUUCCUUCUCCAUCCAUCCCGCUCUCUCUAUCUCUCUCUCUCUCUUUAUCUUGCAUGUCGUGAUCGUGAUCGCGGCGGACGGACGGCCAUGAGGAGGGGUGCUGGAUCCCUGUGCGCGCUCUCCACCCAAACAGGCGCGCGACUGUAGGUAUAUAGGGCGCCCGUAUAGGAUGAGCGCGCCGUGCCAGUGGACGAGCCUGAGCGGCGGAGACACGCAGAGGGCUGCUGCUUGAUCCCAUCAACCGGAUUAAGUCCAGCCCAAGAUGUGCCGAAACGUCCGAUGGGGGUGAGGUGCGCAGCUCCAGCGGCCGAGAUUCCAGCGAGACGAAGACGACGACGGAGAAGAAAGGCUGGGAGGAGGAAGCAGCAGCAGCAGAAGAAGCAGCAGCAACAGCAGCAGCAGCAUCCCUGUGUCGCACAGCCCCCCGUUAUCCAGAUCCACCUGACCGCCACACCGAGCCCCACAUCCCCGGAUUAAACACCAGGGCUAAACACCCCGUAAACAAAUAGCCUGUGUUUAUUUAGAUAGCUUAUUUGCUUGUGCCUCGGUUGUGGAGGGGAAUACAGCUCAUGUUCGAGGCUCUCACUGGUUUUAUGGAAAACCCGGAGACAUGACAUGCACACGAAAAAAGAGGAAACGGUAUCUGUCGAUUUCUGAAGCCCCCGUGCUCGUCAGCUAGCUAACUAACUAGCUCUGCUUUUUUUUCUCAACCCCAACAUGAAACGGGAUUCAUGGAUUUUGCGUUGUAGCUAUCGUUUCUCCCCACAGACGUAACGUUAACCAUUCUGUGCAUUAAUUAAUUAAUUAUUCUUUAUUUAUUUCAUUAUUUAUUUCCUCCUCUAUUACAUCCUUCUGCUCUCUCUCUAUACUUGGCAAGGGACGCGAAAAUCGAUCUUGGAUUACCAGCUGGAUUCAUGUUGGAUCCACUGUGCGAGGUGUGUCGGUGCCAAAAGACACAUUUCCCCCCUUUUCUGUGUUUUCGUGGCUGGCUAACUGCAACAAGCUCCCGUUCAGGCCUACAGCCGGAGCCACAGCCAUUGUCUCGGAUACAGACUUGAGGACAGGCUUGAGGAUUCUAGGUGUGAGAGUAGGAGGGAAGAGGAGGCCGUUUUGAAAGGUAGCUCCAAAGAAAACUGUGCAAAAUGGGGCAAUGCAGAACCAGCCACUCCUGUUCCAUGUGAGACAACAACAAGAGGCAACCACGAAGACGGAAGACAGCUCAGCCGGAGGAGGCGGAGGAGGUGGAGGGGGAGGAGGUGACAGAAAAGGAGGUGUUUGUUCCAAAGGAGAGGAAGAAGCUCCACAGUCGGAGCAGAAAGAGGGAUGGCCAACGGAAACGAGAGCAGCGACGUGCCCAGUAACCCCCUGGCAGCAGUCGUGGCUAGCACAGGUGGCAUGGUGGGCGGAGGGCCUUCGUCGGCCGUGUCCACCUACGUUAAACUCGUCCUUUUAGGGCUGAUCAUAUGCAUCAGCCUAGUGGGCAACCUAGUGGUCUCUCUUUUAGUGUUAAGGGACAGGACCCUACACAAGGCGCCGUACUAUUUCCUGUUGGAUCUCUGCCUGGCCGACACCAUUCGAUCGGCGGUCUGCUUCCCGUUCGUACUAGUGUCCAUCAAGAACGGCUCGGCCUGGACCUACAGCGUGCUCAGCUGCAAGGUGGUGGCUUUCAUGGCCGUGCUCUUCUGCUUCCACGCAGCCUUCAUGCUGUUCUGCAUUAGCGUCACACGGUACAUGGCCAUCGCACACCACCGGUUCUACUCGAAGCGCAUGACCUUCUGGACCUGCGUCGCCGUGGUGUGCAUGGUCUGGACACUGUCAGUCGCAAUGGCUUUCCCACCCGUCUUUGAUGUAGGUACCUACAAGUUCAUCCGCGAAGAAGACCAGUGCAUUUUCGAGCAUCGCUACUUCAAGGCCAACGACACGCUGGGCUUCAUGCUAAUGCUGGCUGUGCUGAUCCUGGCCACUCACGUGGUCUAUAUGAAGCUCUUGCUCUUCGAGUACAAACACCGCAAGAUGAAGCCUGUCCAGAUGGUUCCAGCCAUCAGCCAAAACUGGACCUUUCACGGGCCCGGAGCCACCGGUCAGGCGGCCGCCAACUGGAUCGCGGGAUUCGGACGGGGCCCUAUGCCACCUACCCUGUUGGGCAUCAGGCAGAACUUGCACAACCAGAACCGACGGCUGCUGGGCAUGGAGGAGUUCAAGGCCGAGAAGCAGCUUGGCAGGAUGUUUUAUGUGAUCACCCUGUUUUUUCUGGUGCUGUGGUCACCGUACAUUGUGGCCUGUUACUGGCGGGUCUUUGUGAAAGCGUGCACCAUCCCACACCGGUACCUCUCCACUACGGUGUGGAUGAGCUUUGCCCAGGCAGGGGUGAAUCCCAUUAUCUGCUUUUUCCUUAACAAAGACCUGAAGAAGGGUCUGCUGGCCCACCUGCCUCCCUGUUGUAGAACUAAACCUCAACUACCCCGUGAGCCUUAUUGUGUCAUGUAAAGACAAACACUGAUUCAUUUUCUUUUUUCUUUACGAUUCUUUGUCUUGGUGUGGGUGACAAACAGACAGUUAGAAGAGGUAAAAAAAAAAAAGGUAUAAUAGGAUGGAGGCACGAGGGACAUUUUCUGUUACUGUGGCCUUUGAUUCAGUGCACGAUGCUUUAAUAGGGUGGGCAUCAUGGAAAAACAAACAAACAAACAAACAAACAAAAAAAACAAAGCAUCUGCUAAAGCGUCACCUAAAUGCUAAGUCUUUUCUUUUUUUGAGAGUUUUACAGGGAUUUUAAAGGAUUCGGGGCAAAAACGUGAGACACUAAUUCAUAUAUAAACAGUUUUGAGUACUAUUAAUCACAAGCAUGAGGGUGCUAUCGUUUAAAAAAAGAAGAAAAAAAAACAGCUGUUUUCACACCAAAACAAGACAAAAAAACAUUAGGCGAGCAAAUUGAGGCAAGGAUUGAAUCACAAAAGGCCAACUCUGAUUGAUUCUAUUUUUAAAGAAAAGAAAAACACCACUCUUCUAUUGACAUCACCUGUUAACUGUUAAACCCUUUAAAAAAAAGCCUAGGAUCGAUUACUAGCAAAUGUGAACUUUGUGCAUGCAUAUGAUCUAACGUUUAAAGAUAAAACGUGUAACAAACAAACAGCCUACGCAUAAAGCUAAUUAAUGAGAGAUUAAAAAUUGGUAUGUUUAUUCACCAUUAUCUUUGGAGUGGACAGUUAAACUAAUUAAUUAAAUCCUAACAAUAACUCUGAUUAUUUUAGUAAUACAGAUUAUUAAAAAAACAGUACAAAUUGUUUUAUUUAUUUGUUAUUUGUUGUAAACUCCAUGCACCAAAGACACCAUUGAUCUCAAGGAAGCUGUAGUCGAAGCUACGAGGUUCUGUCACUGCAGAUUCACGGCGUAAUUACAUUCGCAGGCGCUCUCAUGUUUAACAACUUUAAUUGCGUUUUUGCUGAGGAAAUAGCGCACUAUUUAUUUGGUUUAUUUACUUGUCUCUACUGUAUUUGUGUAUAAUUUCUACCGGAGAGUGUAAAACUAUUUCUAUUAACAUUACAGUGCAGAAAAUGACUAAUGCCCUCCAAGUUUAUUUGACUGAACUGAAUCGUCAGGAACGUGAGCAGAGUCUUGAUAUAAAAAAAACAGAAGAGUAACUGAUGAGGUAGCAUGACACAAAAAUCUUACGUCAAUGUUGUAUAUGAGGAGUCUACAAAAUUUGCAUUACAGAUGUAAUUUUAAUUGCUAUUGACUGAAACUGAUCUGGCCGGAGUGUUUAGAGGAUGAAUCAGUCCCUGUGCCAUAUCUUUUCAGGUGAUCUUACUCUUUAUGUCACAAAGAACACCUUAAAAUACUUGAAUUAAUGUGAAAUUAUUGCACAUUAUUGCAAUUAGAGUGCAUAGUAUUGCUGACCUGAUAUUACAAGAUGCUACAGUAUUUACAGUGUGAUAUGUAACUACCAGAGAAGGAGUAUUGUUGCAUUAUUUGCGAGGUCAUCAGAACUUUUUGAGAAAAGUGCAAAAUUUGAAAAGUUGGCCUGGAUAAUAGAGUAUUAAAAUAAUAAUAAAAAAAUAUAUAUAUAAAAAGAUUGAAUGGGAGGUUCAAGAAUGAUUUAAGAAUGAUUAAUUUGAUGAAUUCAAUAUGCUUUAAUAUAAUCAUUUAAAAAAACAAACAGAAACAUAAACAGAAUGAAGUUGCAGAAUAAAGAAUAAUGUGGUGGUUUAACAUCAAAUUACUUUAUUAUUAUUACUACUAUCAUUUCAACAACAUUACACAAAUCCGUAUUCUCAUAGGUAUUAGUUGAACUAAGUUGAGGAUUUGGGGAUGGGACAGGCAGGGACUGAAAUGAUUAAUUUGCCUGAUAGUAUUUUGCACACAACUUCAGAAAUUGCUGAUAAGUGAAGUAUAUUCUUGAGAUAAUAUGUGAACUCACUUGAACUGGAAUGCUGAGCGAUGUAGGCAGGGACACAGAGAUUGUAAUAUCAAAACGAAUGUUACAGAGAGCAGAAAAUUGUGAUCUUUCUCGCGAGGUACUCUUCAGAUUGUUCGAGGUGAUCUGCUCCAUUUUUUGUUAUUUAUUUGGCAAAGAGAAAGAGAAUAACAGGAAAAUGAACCAACAGCUUCACCAACAAUUAAAAAACAACAACAACCAUCUACAAAAAGUAGAUGAAGGAAUAAUUAUUUCUGUUAUCUGCAUUUACUGCCUUACUCUAUUAUCAAGGUUUGAUAAUUGAUACUGAUGUAAGGAAGAUUUGACAGCUGUAUGCCUCUACAGACACUGAGAAAAAUAUAUAUAAUAACGAAUGCUGGGGAAAAUUACACUGUGUCGCUGACUAUUGGAGGACAUUCUUCACUCCCCUUCACAACCAUACAAACUGAGGUCGCAUCAGAAGGGUGACACACAUAGCUGGAAAAAAAAUAUUGCCAAAUUGUGACACUGGAGUGUACAAUUUUGCACAGUCCAAUGGAAAGACUUGAAUGCAAAAACUUGAUAUCCUGUGGAAUUAAAAGGAACUUCCUUAAUUCUUGUGGAUUUCUUUAAGACAUUUUUUUGGUUUUUGAUUUGGUUUUCGUUUUUUCCUCUUCUUCUUCGUAUCUUUUGGGGGUCAGGGGAACGGAAGUGGAUGAAGGUGGGCAGUGUUGUGUAUUCAUACGUGGAAAAGGAUUGGAAAAAAGAAGAACCAGCGCUCGAUUCGGUGUUUGGGAGGGCGGGCUUCGCGGGUGGGUGAAAGGGGAGUGAUUUUUGUAAUGAGCAAAAUGCCUGGUAGAACAUUUUUAGUUGCUUCAGGCAACCUAUCUUUUGUAAAAUAACUGUGACCUCUGUACGAUUUCCUGUGUAUUAUAUGGACUAUGGACUAACUACAAACGGGGGGAGGGGGAGGGACUCUUGGUCAUCAUCUUUUUACUGCGCAUGUGUGAGUGAGUGUUUAUGCGGAGUAUGAAUGUGGGAGAGAACCAGGGGGACUGUGGAGAAAGCCACGUAUGAAACAGCUGGAGAAGAAGGACAGACUGAUGAAAAACGUAACUCCUGCAGAUGAUCUUUUGCUUUCCCUUUUCUAAAAACUAAAGGAAAUUCAAACAUGUUUGUCCUGACAUAUUUGAAUGCUGAUUCACGUUCCACACGAAAACUGUGUAAAAUCCGUGUAGCCUAUCAAAAACCCUGAUUUUAACCAUUUCUUCAUAAUGAGUAAAACUCCUGCACCAAAAUAGGCUAAAAAAUUUCACUCAGGCUCACACUAAUAUUAACAUAACUAGCUUUCUAAUUCACCAGCUAAUUCAACUGUCAGCCUAUAUGAGUAUGUGCCAAUACCAUGAUUAUGUAGUAUACCCAACCAAUCAGACCAAUUAGAUCAACCCAAAUAAAAAUGUUGCAUUUAUUUUUGUAAAUAAAUUACAUAAUAUCAGUCACAUCUUAAGUUAUGUUCAUUAAAACACCUGAAUUGUUUAAAAGGACUGAAAGAAAUAACAAUAUCUUUGGUCAGUCCCCCUAGCUGUACCACUCUUCCCAAUGGGGAUUCUGUGGGCCACAGUUUGGAAACCACUAGCACUAGAUUCAGGGACAAAACAUUAUUUAUACAUUAAAUAGCCUACAAAACAUCAAAUAUACUCAAAUUUUAGACCAACAAUGUAGUUACACAAAUCUGUCUCUGUUAGGAAUUCUAAUCAAAAUCUGAACUAGGUGUGAGUUCAAACAUUGCAAAACGGUUUAAAUGAAAUCAGCAUUAGAGUCAAUUAAAGCAGGAUCAUGUCGUACUUGUUAUUUUUACUCGAGGGUUCCCCCCUACAGUUGCUAAGGAGGGUAAUUCACUUUUGCCUCUUACAGACAGCUAAAAAAUCUUCUUUUGUUAAUAGACUGACUGAGAUGCAGAAUUUUAAAGAAGUAAAAAAAGGCUGUGGACUGAGGUUUUAGAAGAAUAGUACACACAUAUGAUUCAGGAGCAUUACACAGUACUGGUGAAGGGUCAUAUACAGGUUCACCAAUGCUAAAUUGUGCAGUCACAGUAUUCCAGGCCGCGGGUAGCAAUGGUAAAGAAGCCAAUCUUUCUAUUACAAGUCAAUGGAGCAUCAGAGUCAUUCUGAAUUUUGUUAUUCCAAGGUAACAGUACUACAAAAUGUUGCUUUAAAUCCAAAAUAUUUCAUCAACAACUUUCAUUGAAUGUAAUACUACAAAAAUAGCUGAGAUGGGCAAAAAAAUUGAAAGUAACUGCACUACCCCUAAACUAACAGAAUAUACCAGCUUAUUGACAUGUAUCUUCUACUCUCCAUGUGACAUAUCUGACGUAAUUACAGCAUUAAAACCAGUUACUGUCUCAGUGGGGAUCUGGACUCUGCUUUAAAGCAUCAAGUACAUGAUAAUGGUAGCAGCUUCAAGGCUGCAAGCUGUGCUAUUCUCAUAACUGCUAUCUCCUAUUGUCUGCCAAUUUCAUUGUCACACUGAUUACUGGAAAUAAAUUAAAGAAUAAUUGAAAUGCAAAUGAAUAGAGAGAAAUAUAAUUCACAAACCUUGAUACGCAGGCUUUGCUUUAGCUUUGAAACAGGGUUAAGACUAAUACAGCAUUUAGGGUCAGAUUUCUGAAUAUAGAUUAAGCUUGCUCUUGGACUAAAUUACCAUAAUGAUGAUUCACUAAUGAGACUUUCUUUCAUUCUGGCACCAGGAUUAACCUGCGCCCAGAAGACGAGGAGGGUUUACUCAUUCAGCUCAGAGUAAUCUGGAUUUUUAUGUGGGAGUGGGAUAUUUUAGCACGAUGUAGAGAACACUGAAUGAUAAAAAUGAUCAAACAAUAUUCCCUCACUGGCUAACAUGCCAGGAAACUCAACACACAGAUAGCAUGCAGAUUUGGGCCACUUCUGGCAAAAGAUAAGGCACUGCUGGCCUACUGCGUAUGAGCCAAAAGCAGCCCAUAUGCACCAAAGCAUGUUUGGUUCAGAUCUGGCCCAGAUAUUGCAGUUCUGCUACCAGAAAUAUGCAUGUGAGCCAAAAGUGGCCCACAUACUGAACACACACAUUAGUCCCAUAUGUACCAAAGCAUAUCUGGUCUAAUUCUAACACAGAUAUGACAGCCUCUGGAAAACUGCAUGUGGGCCAAAACUGGCCCACAUAUUGGAAACACACAUUUGGCCACAUGUAUCAGUGCAUAUCUGGUCUAAUUCUAGCACAGAUAUGGCAGUGCUGCCUUCGGAAAACUGGAUUUUAGCAAAAAGUGUGCCACAACAAAAUUGCUAUCUGGGCGAGAUAAACCUCAAUAACCUAAUCCAUAAAUAAUUUUUCCUUCAGGUGCAGCAUUUUCAUUUAAACAUCUCCAUAUCUUUAUCAAUUAAGUGCCUGUUUUGGUCAGUUUAUUUACAACAUGCCUUUUAAUAGUUCUUUUGACUUUUCUGACUCCUGAUUUCUUAUUAAUAGUGCCUAAUAUAUGUCUAUUUUGAGUUGAAUUCAUUGGCAUAUAUUCUAAUUAAAAAUCCAAAAAAUGGGAUGUUCAUGAGUUGAGUCAGUUGAUAUACUGACUGAGUGAAUAAAGUAUCUAUCUAUCUAUCCAUCUAUGUAAGGACAAACAAAAUAAGUACAUUCAAAGUACCAUAGACAAAGAGCAAUAUACUCAAUGGUCAUAUUUUAUUGUAUAAAAUAAAAUUAUUUGAUUCACUCUGGAGUUACCUUUUUAAUCAGUCUGUUCUAUGGAAAAAAAAAGAUCAAAAUGAGAAUGUCAAGUUGGCUUUCAGAUUGAAAUAUCUUGUUCUGUAAAUUAAAGGGUUUUUUUCCCCCAACACAACAAUAAAAGUUUA